AUGUUGAAUUUUCGGCGGCAAAAAUCCCGAUCAUCUGAAAGGGAGCAUGUUAUUGUGAAACCUUUCAAAACUAUCGAAGUCCGCCUUCCCAUUGAGGUGCUGAUGUCCCAGCCAAAGUAUAAGAAACGAAGGGAUCUGUUCCUCCAAGGUUUUUCCGCAGUUCAACAGCGUAAUGCUGAUGAUCCUACAUCCUUUUAUGCGGUUGCCGGUAUCCAUGGUCUCCCAUACUUACCUUAUGACAUAUUACCUGGGGAAAAGGAACCGCUCACUGACUACAAAGGAGAAAAAAAUCGUUGGGGUGGAUAUUGUCACCAUGGUGAUAUUCUGUUUCCAACUUGGCAUCGUCCAUAUAUUUUAUUACUCGAAAUGCUUAUACAUGACGCGGCUGAAGAAAUGAUACGAGAAAAUCCAGACUUAUAUCCUCCUGAUAAUAAUGAAACGAAGGAAUACACAAAAGAACUUGAGAAAUUGCGAUUUCCAUACUGGGAUUGGGCUAGCCCAUCUACCAUCUUUCAAGGAUUACCUUCGGUUUUAUUCGAUGAAUAUGUUCAUGUUGAUAAUCCAACCUUACAAAAUAUUAAGAUUCGAAAUCCCCUACGUGCAUAUACUUUACCGGUAAAUCUUGGAAGUCUAACACUUGUCGGUGACAUAUCUAACCCAACACAAAGACCUUAUCAUCCAGACGGGUCUGUGACACCCUAUACGCCAGCAGGUUAUGCAACGGUCAGACACCCAAGUAGCAAAUACAUUACCGAUGAGAACGCCACCACCUUCCAUUGCUCUG